AUGGCGGCAGUAAGCAGAUAUAGCUCCUACAACUGCCUGACUGGAUGGGACAGCUACGACAAAAUACCAAGAGUACGGGUGGAGUAUUACGUGAACGAAAACACUUUCAAGGAGAGACUCCAGCUGUACUUUAUUAAGAAUCAACGAUCGAGCCUCCGCAUAAGAAUCGCAAACUUAGUAUUCAAGCUCCUGGCCUGCGUCUUGUACAUCUUUCGCGUUUGCGCCGAUGGCGACCCUAUCUCCGCAUCUUGUUACGGUUGCAAGCCUGGGAACAAGACUGAGUUCGAGUAUUCUGCCAACUUGACGGAGGAAGAGUUUCAAGAGCGUCCAAUCAUCAACUGGGAUGGGAUCAUUUGGGUAAAUCGCCCACUGUACUUGUGGAUCGUCCAGGUCGUCUUAGCAAUGAUAUCUUUCGCCGAGGCCAUAUUGCUCGCCUAUUUAGGCUACAAGGGUAACAUCUGGCAGCAAGUGCUAUCUUUCCACUUCAUACUGGAAAUGGUGAAUACGAUCCCGUUCGCGCUAACUAUACUCUUCCCACCACUUCGAAACUUGUUCAUCCCGGUGUUUCUCAACUGUUGGUUGGCCAAGCGGUCCCUUGAGAACAUGUUUAACGAUCUGCAUCGGGCAAUGCAAAAGUCGCAGUCGGCGCUCUCCCAGCAACUAAUGAUUUUGUGCGUCACACUCUUGUGUCUCGUCUUUACCAGUGUAUGCGGCAUCCAACAUUUCCAACGUGCCGGCCACCGUCACCUUAAUCUGUUCCAAGCGACCUACUUCGUUGUGGUGACGUUUUCAACGGUUGGAUACGGAGAUUUUGUGCCUGAUAUUUGGCCAUCACAACUCUACAUGGUCAUCAUGAUUGGAGUUGCUCUUGUCGUUCUGCCUACGCAAUUCGAGCAACUCGCUUUUACCUGGAUGGAGAGGCAGAAGUUGGGCGGAUCGUAUUCUUCCCAUCGAGCUCAGUCUGAGAAGCACGUGGUGGUUUGCUCUACAACCCUACACGCGGAUACGAUCAUGGAUUUUCUUAAUGAGUUUUACGCUCAUCCACUGCUUCAAGAUUAUUACGUGGUGCUGCUGUCGCCGAUGGAACUUGACACCACUAUGCGUAUGAUACUUCAAGUGCCGAUCUGGGCUCAACGCGUUAUUUACAUUCAAGGUUCGUGCUUAAAAGACACGGACCUUAUUCGCGCCAGAAUGAACGAGGCUGAGGCUUGCUUUGUACUAGCGGCUCGGAACUACGCAGACAAAACGGCUGCCGACGAGCACACUAUACUAAGGUCGUGGGCUGUCAAGGAUUUCGCACCAGACGUUCCUCAAUACGUCCAAAUAUUCAGACCGGAGAACAAGCUACACGUGAAGUUUGCCGAGUUCGUUGUGUGUGAAGACGAAUUCAAGUAUGCAUUGCUGGCCAACAAUUGCACCUGUCCCGGAGCCUCCACACUUGUUACGUUGCUGCUGCAUACCAGCCGCGGACAAGAAGGACAACAAUCGCCAGAAGAAUGGCACCGGCUUUACGGCAAAUGCUCUGGAAACGAGAUCUACCACAUUGUUCUGGGAGACAGUCGAUUCUUUGGAGAAUACGAGGGCAAAAGCUUCACUUAUGCUAGUUUCCAUUCACACAGAAAGUAUGGCGUGGCUUUGGUUGGAGUGCGGCCUGCCGAGUUACCUGAAUUUUAUGAGGACACUAUUCUUUUGAAUCCCGGCCCGCGACACAUAAUGAAAAGCAGUGACACCUGCUAUUACAUGAGCAUCACUAAAGAGGAGAACUCGGCCUUUGUCGUUUCCGAUAAACAAACCGAUAACAAGCCGAAUUUACCAAAAGACCAAACCGCGUGUAGUCUUCUAUCUAAUGAGAAGAAAUUCGGGGAUCCUGAAGAAGGCACUAGCCAGCAGAGGAGACCAGACGGUAUUAAUGUGCCUCAGUAUGAACUCCCCCAAGUGAUUCUUCAGGCUCCCAUUAAUUCAACACCAAUUGCAUCGCCAUCCCGCAUCAAUCAAGCUAAAACCGCAUCAUCCGCUAAUUUUACUCUUGCUGGCUCUAAAUACGGUGAGGGUACUUCCACUUCUGAAUCUCGUAGUUGCUUGAAGGAAUCUCCAGCUACUGAUAGCGCAAGCGACAGUCAUCUACUUCUUCCGCGACCUGAUAAUAGUAACUUUUUGAGCCCUGAUUCUCUGAACUAUCGUAGAGGUAGUCGGAGACCAUCUAUUUUACCGGUGCCUGAUAUGGUGACGUCAAGUUUGAACAUAGCAUCUGAUAAUCAAGAUGAAGAACCUGAAGUUGAUGAAAGCGAAGAUGAACUCGAGGACGACGUACCGUGGCGUUCACCGUCAGAAAAAAUUGCGAUUGUGAAAGGUUUUCCACCGGUGUCGCCGUUCAUCGGCGUAAGUCCUACUCUGUGUUAUUUACUGAAAGAGAAGAAGCCUUUAUGCUGUCUGCAACUGGCACAAGUCUGUGAGCAUUGUGCCUAUCGUAACGCCAAGGAAUAUCAAUGGCAAAACAAAACAAUCAUCCUCGCUGCGGACUACGCGUCUAAUGGAAUCUAUAACUUCAUUAUUCCGUUACGGGCGCACUUUAGGUCAAAGACUUCUCUGAACCCAAUAAUACUGCUAUUAGAACGUCGUCCCGAUAUAGCAUUUUUGGAUGCAAUUUCCUAUUUUCCCCUUGUUUACUGGAUGCUCGGUACCAUUGACUGUUUGGAUGAUCUGCUGCGAGCUGGAAUAACUCUAGCUGAGAACGUAGUGGUUGUGAAUAAAGAAUUAUCUAACUCAGCCGAGGAAGACAGCCUUGCCGAUUGCAACACUAUAGUUGCUGUUCAAACGAUGUUCAAAUUCUUCCCAUCAAUUAAAUCGAUUACGGAACUAUCCCAAUCGUCAAAUAUGCGCUUCAUGCAAUUUAGAGCGCAUGAUAAAUAUGCUUUGCAUUUAUCUAAAAUGGAAAAGCGUGAAAAGGAACGCGGUUCACAUAUCUCAUACAUGUUCCGAUUGCCAUUUGCGGCAGGUUCCGUAUUUUCCGCCUCCAUGCUCGACACGUUGCUGUACCAAGCCUUUGUCAAAGAUUAUGUCAUUACUUUUGUGAGGCUGCUACUAGGCGUUGACCAAGCCCCUGGUUCGGGAUUUCUCACCUCGAUGAAAAUAUCAAAAGAAGACAUGUGGAUCCGUACAUACGGGCGACUGUACCAAAAGUUGUGUUCCACCACUUGUGAAAUCCCGAUCGGUAUCUAUCGUACCCAGGAUACAAGCCUGGCCGACCCCGCGCACCACGUGAGUAUGUCGCCAGGGGCUCCGUCAAAGUGGUUUUGGUCACGCUUCGCGAGAAUGCGACCAUCGCGCGCAUCGCAGGAGGCGGGGGAAGGCGGUGGUGGUGCGGCAGGGCGCGGGGAGCCGACCGGUUGCCUCGGUGGUUGCCACGGCGAGCGCACGCCAGCGUAUUCUACAAGCUUGGCGGAUGAAGCCAGAGACAAUCAUGUACAACAAAUCGAAAGAGCCGAAAUCGCCAAUCUUGUUCGCUCAAGAAUGGAGUCUCUGAAUCUCACUGGUGUUGAUUACGAUGACGUAAGCGAAAAAAGAAACAGCCUAUCCUAUGUUAUCAUAAAUCCGAGCUGCGACUUAAACUUGCAAGAGGGAGAUAUAAUAUACCUGGUUCGUCCGUCUCCAUUUUCUGCUCAAAAGACGUUUGAAAGGCACAACAGUCGCCGUAAAUCUAACAUUAGCUUCUGUUCUCAAGCCAUAAUUCAAGCACAAGGCGUUGCCAGUCGUCGUGGCUCCGUUAUCGGCUCAAGUUACAACCAGCCGCGAGCACCGCCCCUUUCCACAACUAAAGCUAAUUCACUGUCCUUGCCUGACAGCCCCACUAUUUUAACUGAUUUCCGUGGCCGCUCAAACUCGCUGCGUGUUGUCGACGAUAUUCUGCUGCGUCGAUCAAAUUCGCUUCGUCAAGGACUGAGUGGCGUAGGACGGCGCAGGAAGAGUAGCCUUGAGGAGAUCGGCAUAUCGCAUUUCAAUUCUUUGCUUCAACAUCAGCAACAACAGCAGCAACAAAAUGCAGCAGCCAUUAAAAUAGCAUUAAACGGCAGCAUUGGGUUAGAGGUUACUCCACCAGAUGAGUGUCCCAGAGACCACAUGUUUUGCGGAAGCUCAAACGCUGGAAUUGCUCUAGGGGCAUACCAAGAUAUGGCAGCUGCACUCCCAUCAACAUCCAUGACUCCCUCGCUGCCACCGCCAUCUCCAGAUACUCAACACUUACAGGGAACCAUAGUAUGA